GUGGGGAUCCACAAGCCAGCUUAGCUAUUAGUUGGCAUCGUAUCAUGGAUCACCCCCCUCUCUAGCUCCCUCACUCCCUUUGCUAGCUUCUUCUUCUCUCUAACAGCAACAACAGUACAUUAAAGCCAAUCAUCAUCCAUGACGGCCAGAUCGCUGCCGUCCUUCUGCCUCCACCGGAUCAUCAGCAGGUCCGAAGGCGCCGUCGUUGCACCGCCGCCGAUAUGCGCCAAGGAGGCCUCCGCCGCUGAUGGCAGGGAGGACAAAGGCGACGAUGGCAAGGCCGAGGAGAAAGAGAAGGACAAGGCUAAUUGUGGUGCUGCGGUGGGGAGGAAGGUGAUGGUGGUGGCCGACGGUGGCGGCGAUGAGGCCCGGACGGCGCUGCAGUGGGCGCUUUCGCACUCCGUCCGGCCUUGCGACACCGUGGUCCUCCUCGACGUCGUCCGGAGCACCGGCAAGAACCGAGAUGAUCUUAGAGGGUAUCAGCCCUUGGAGGCAUUGAGGAGCAUUUGUCAGUCUAAAAGACCAGAGGUACGCGUCGAGCUUUCCCUGGUGGAGGGGAAGGAGCGAGGGCCGACGAUAGUGGAGGCAGCAAGAAAGCAGGGCGUGUCGCUCCUCGUCAUGGGGCAUAAGAAGAGGUCGAUGACAUGGCGGCUACUGGCAAUGUGGAUGGCCGGCGGGAAGGACACAGGCGGCGGCACCGUCGAGUAUUGUGUUCAGCAUGCAGGGUGCAUGGCGCUGGCCAUCCGGCGGAAGAGCCGGCGAGGAGGAGGGUACCUCAUCACCACCAGGCGCCAAAGGGACUUCUGGCUCCUGGCUUGACACUUACUCCUCAAGAUCUUUGUGUGACCCAUAGGUGUUUACAUAGUGGUAUAGGCAGGAAACAGGCUGAAGCUUAUAGAUAGGGGGAAUAAUGCAACAAGGUUGGUGGUGCAUUGUGGUGUCUGUUUGCUUGUUUGUUGCUGGUUUAGAACUGACAUGGAAGGAAAUAUUUGAUGGCUUUGCAUUUUGCAGUGGGCAAUCAGGCAGCUUUGGAGUUGUC